AUGGAUCUGGAGGAGACCUACAAAGAGGGAGAGAACACGGAGGGGGAAAUUACUCGAGCCGCAGCUGCAAAGUUGGUGAAAAAGGCAUUUCUUGAAGCCCUGAAGUCAAAUGACUUUGAGACACUGGAAGAUCUCUUGAACCAGAAGAAAAUAGAUGUGGACACAGUGUUUGAAGUGGAGGAUGAAAACUUGAUUCUGGCAUCCUACAAACAAGGGUACUGGCUGCCUAGCUACAAAUUAAAAAUAUCCUGGGCAACUGGACUUCAUCUAGCUGUGAUGUAUGGACAUCUGGAGAGUCUUUCAGUCCUCCUCAAUCACAAAGCUACAAUCAACUGCCGGCCCAAUGGAAAAGCUGCAAUCCACAUAGCUUGUGAAAUGGAAAAUGUUGAGUGUCUCAAGAUCCUUUGCAACCACGGAGCUAAGCUGAACUGCUUUUCAAUGAGUGGGCAGGCGCCCUUGCACUUCUGUACAACACGAACCUCCGUGUCUUGUGCCCAGCAACUGAUUUGGAGAG